AAUCCGGCUGUCGAAAGGCAAACGCGUUCAUCCUUCCUCUGGAGGCUUCUUUAUUUUUCCGUCGGCAGGCGGUCGGGCGGGCGGAGGAGAAAAGUGUCUGCUCCUGCUGCUUUGAUUCCUUUGUCUCCACGAAAUCAAACAAACCACCAGCCUCCUCCCUUCGCUGUACGGAGGUGAUUGAUCGAUUGAUCGACGAUGGAUUUCGAGCUGCGGACGGCGCGGGAGAAGCUGGAGAGGGAUCAGAGGGAGCGGAAGGAGAGGGCCAAGGCCCGGCUGGAGAGGGAGCGGAAGGCCAAGGCCGAAGCCGCGCGUCGGCGCGAUGCCAUCGAGGCUGCCCAGAGUGCCAAACGCCUCGACGCCGCCCGUGCUCGCCUCGAGGCGGAUCAACAAACUGAAGAAAGUCUGCUUCUUGGGAAAGGAAUUUUGUUUUCCAGAAUUCUUGAAGCUCUACCUUAUGAUGGCUAUGGAGAUAAGAUCAAACUGCCAUCUUCCUGCUUCACGGAAUUAUCUGAUCGAGGAGCCCUGGAUAAAGGCCCUAUGUACUUCAGGCUGUCAAAAAUUGAUCACUCAGGUCCUCCAGGUUCAGAUGCUACUGCAAAGCAAGAGCGUGAAACAACUCAUUCGGGAGUUUUGGAAUUUACUGCAAAAGAAGGUUCUGUCGAACUGCCACCACAUGUGUGGAGCAACUUGUUCUCUGGUGACAGUCCAGAUGUUCCUCUAAUUGAGGUGUGCUAUGUUAGCUUGCCCAAAGGAACUUAUGCAAAAUUACAACCAGAUGGGAUGGGUUUCUCUGACAUUCCUAACCACAAGGCUGUUCUUGAAACAACACUCCGUAGACAUGCGACCCUUUCUCAAGGUGAUAUUAUCACAGUUAAUUAUGGAGAACUAAGCUACAAACUAAGGAUUCUUGAACUAAAACCUUCUUCUAGUGUUUCUGUUCUAGAUACAGACAUUGAAGUUGAUAUAGAAGGGCCUGACUCUGUUUUGGACAGCAACAAGAAUCAGCAUGUUCUCAUGCCACUUGUUUUGGGUAAGGCUGAAUCAGGAACUGUUGAAGAAGGGAAAUUUAAUUAUUACAAGUUUUCUAUUGAUGACACCAUCAGGGAGAAAGUUGCAACUGGGAUUUCGAAUAUCGUGGUAAAGAUUGAGGCAGAUGCAUGCAAUGGGGAUACCAAUAUUUAUGUAUCUAGGCAUCCAUUGGUUUUCCCAACUCAGCACCAUCAUGAAUGGUCGUCUCAUGAGAUGGGUUCCAAGGUUUUAAUAAUCAAGCCGAAGGAUCCAAGCCUGGUUGGGGGUACAUACAGUGUUGGUGUCUUUGGUUUCAAGGGUUUGGCGAAAUAUGACAUUUCUGUGGCUGUGAAGGGUAAUAGUAGGCAAAGGGUUGGAGAACAUGCUAAUUCUUCAUCUCAAGUUGAUGUCGAUUCUGUAGAAUGUCAAAACUGUAAACAUUUUAUAUCCACCCGCAGCAUCGUAAUUCAUGAAGCUUACUGUAUCAGACACAAUGUUCUUUGCAAACAUGAUGGCUGUGGAGUUGUCCUUAGGAAGGAAGAAGCAGCAGAUCAUGUACAUUGCGAUAAAUGCGGGCAAGCCUUCCAACAGGCAGAGAUGGAAAAGCACAUGAAGGUGUUUCAUGAGCCACUUCAUUGUCCUUGUGGAGUUGUCCUAGAGAAGGAAGAAAUGAUCCUGCACCAGUCCUCAAACUGUCCUCUGCGAUUGAUUACAUGCCGUUUCUGUGGAGACAUGGUUCAAGCUGGGAAUGAACCAGUGGAUGCCAGGGAUCGGCUCAGAGGACUGUCAGAACAUGAAAGUAUUUGUGGAUCUAGAACGGCACCAUGUGAUUCAUGUGGCCGUUCUGUCAUGCUGAAGGAGAUGGACAUCCAUGUGAUUGCUGUGCAUCAGAAGAGCUGACUGCUGGGAUGAUUUCUUUUGCUCAACAGUCCUUUCAAUUUAGUCGUCCUGGGGAUUUUGGUGCUUCGAAGAACAAUCUGUUUUAUAUUUGCUUUGUAUAUGUCAGGUUACCGCCUUUUCCAGCUUUGUGGUUUUAUCUUGCAUCCUGAGUUUUCUUUUCUUGUGUUAACUUCAAUAAUAGAAGAAUUGACGCAAUUUUUCUGCUGUUGCUCUUUUAACAAUUAGAAGCCUUCUUUAUAUA